AUGGCAUUAAGGAUUAACCGCUGCCAAGGGGAGGCUAAGAUGCUCCUUUGGAGGUUCUUUGGCAACGGUCUCUCAGAGGAGUCGGACGUCUUUUUCUCACAGAGCAGUUUCCUUCAGUAUGCCUCAGUAUUUUACGGAACAGAAUUAUCCCUGGUUGGGUCUUGGGGCCAAGUGGAGUCGUUUGGGCCCACGUGCUCGGAGCGGGAUAUCCUGAGUGCCAUAAAAAAUGCUCGUUAUAAUUGCAAAAACUUGACAAGACAAGCUUUCAUCCUGGAUGGGCUGCAGGGUGCCCUAAAUUUAUUUGAUACCAUGAAGCAACAUUACCCACCGGGGGAAAAUGUCCAGAGAUGCUGCAUUCUUAUAACACAGAGCACGCCCAUGACUAAUCCUUGGUCUCCAAUAAGCCCAGAAAAAAUUAUCCUUGAUUUGAAAAGGUGUGGUAUCCAAUUGUCAAUUAUAUCAGUGCACAAAUUGGUAGAGUUGUAUCGUCUGUUUGAUGCAGCAGGAGGAGACCACCAGGCCUGCAUGGCUAAGAAUUAUGCAAGCAAGCCACAACACCUUGUCCUUCUCAAAGACAUUAUUCUGCAGGAGAGAGCGCUGAGCCCCUCGCUCAUACCUUACACUCCAGUGACAUCAGUGGCCACGCCCCCUGCCCCGCACGUGUCACAGCCACCCACGGGCCCAGGACCUUCUCCAAACACCCUCCCAACGGGCCCCGCCACACCCUCUCCGGGGCCAGUCAACGGGGGCUCACCGGCUCCCACGCAGGUCCAAACACAAGGAGUGAGUCUCGCUUGGGCUGAUGUGGUACCCAAAUUGUCAAUUAUAUCAGUGCAAAAAUUGGUAGAGUUGUAUCGUCUGUUUGAUGCAGCAGGAGGAGACCACCAGGAGAGUAAACACCCAGAGAACCUGACGGGAUCUGCUAACGUCCUUUUUAGUCUGCAGGAGAGAGCGCUGAGCCCCUCGCUCAUACCUUACACUCCAGUGACAUCAGUGGCCAACGCCCCCUGCCCCGCACGUGCCCAAGCCCCCACGGCCCCAGGACCUUCUCCAAAAAACCCUCCCAACGGGCCCCGCCACACCCUCUCCGGGGCCAGUAAACGGGGGCCUCACCGGCUCCCACACAGGUCCAAACACAAGGAUGGGGAGUCCCUAAAACUGAAAUUCUCUGAAUAUGGAGAGAUUACCUUUAAACCAAACGCUUUCCUGGGAACCUCAUGGUGGGGCUUUGGGCCCCUUUGGGCGGCCAGAGGGCCCCCCACCAUGGGGCCCCCCCAGCCGCCUAACCAGGUGGUACAGGGGGCAGGAAUGAACAUGCCAAAUCAGCGACAGGUAGUGUGGCAGGGCACACUGGAGUGGCAGGAGAAGAAGGGCGACAAAAACACCAGAGUGGCCCACCAAGUGACGUGCAAAAUGACAUCCCUGGUGGUCAAUGGAGAGCCAGAAGUAAAAACUGAGGGUUGGUCAAGUAAACUCAUAAUGCAGAUGAUACCAAAACAUAUCCUCGGCUCCAUCGGAAACACUUACUUCAAGAAUGUGAAGACCGUCAUGUUCCUGCCUGACCAGAGUCCCGCACUGGAAGCUCUUACUAACUUUUUGUUCAGAGGGAUGGCUGGCUGCGUACAUGUGUCAAACCCGUCUCCAUCACAAAAUGAGGUUAAAGUGAUCAUCCUGCUGUUUUCGUGUGAGAAGAAGGCCUAUGUUGGCUUCAUUCCUGUUGAUCAAGUCUCCUUUGUGAAUAAAAUCAGGAGUGUUAUUCAGGGUGCACGAAAAGGACAGAUCCCAGGUAAUAUCAUGGCACCUGUGAGUGGGCCUAAUGUGUCUGGCGGCGGACCGGUAAUGGUAGUCCAGAAUAGCCCGGGGAUGCCACAGCUGCCGACCAGUUCAGGCUCGAGCAUGAACGUGAUGUCUACCCAGAGCAUGAUCAUCCAGCAGAACACGCAGCUCACACAGCCUCUCAGUCAGCCUAUUAGUCAAGGUGGGAACGCCAUGAUGGGUGGAGGCCAGAUGUCGCAGAUGCCAAACGGCAAUGUGUCUCAGGGCUUGGGCCAGCCAGGGCCAGGGGGGCCAGGAGGGCCAGGAGGGCCAGUUAAUGUUCAGAUGGGAACGGGUCAGUCUGUCUUGGCCACGCAACUCACCACAAGACCAACGCUCAAUAUACAACAGCAGCAGCAACAACAGCAACAGCAGCAACAGCAACAACAGCAGCAACAACAGCAGCAGCAACAACAGCAACAGCAGCAGCAGCAACAGCAGCAGCAGCCUGACCAAGAGAAGCUGCAGCUGCUUCAGAUGCGUCAAAAUCAGCAGCAGCAGCAGACACAACAGCAGCAGCAACAGCAGCAACACCACAGUGCAGCAAUGCGACAGCAGCUUCACCAGCAGUUGCAGCACAGGCCUCAUGUUGGGGUAGGGAUGAAUAUUGGGCCCCAGGGACAAGGGGGCAACACUACCCUGGGGCAGCCUCGCAUGAUGCAGUCCACCAUGCAGAAUCCAGGUUUAAAACAGCUGCUUCAAGUGAGGCAGCAGCAGCAUCAGCAACUGCAGCAUCAGCAGCAACAGCAGCAGCAGCAACAGCAGCAGCAGCAAAUCAUUAUGAUGCAGCAGCAGGGGAUGCGGCCACAGUUAGGUCAGCAGGGCCAGCAGGUCAUGGGCCAGGCAAUAGGCCAGCAGGGAAUGGGGCAGCAGGCUAUGAACCAGCAGACGAUGGGACAACAAGGUAUUGGUCAGUCGAUUCAAGAUAGCAGUGACUAUAUGGAUCUGUUAUAAGGAGUCAUUUUGAUGUACUGUAUUUUCCGGCCGAUGAGACGCAGCCAUGCUUUUGCCUUUUUUUUUUUUUUUUUUUUUUUUUUUUUUUUUUAAGGGAUGGGGGACACAUUUUAGGAAAUUUCACUAUAUAUGAAUUAUUAUGCCAUAGUUUCUUUGGUUAAAAGAAAUUACUAAUACCUGAUGUAGCCUUUGUUGCUUGGAUAAGUAUUAUGAAAAGUUCAAAUUUAUGUCUGUCUACAGUCAUAACCAGAUCCCUUAUUUUACAUCUUCAGUAACUCUACUAUAAGUUUUGAUAUAAUUUUAUAUAAAUAUAUAUUGGGUUUCUCAAUAUUUGUAAUAUUGUUACCAAGACAAACUGAGUAUUUGUGUUGAAUGGACUACAGAGCUGUGCAGGUCCACAUUCUGCCGAUAUUUUCAACUCAGGCUCGGCCUCGAUUUCGGUGACUUGGGUGUUGUAAAUGUGGUAAUUUUUGUAUACAUUUUUUAUAGAAAAUAUGCAUCUUAUAUGCUGGGAAAUAGGGUAUACACAUUUUUCUUCAGUUGUCGUUCCUUUAUGUAAAGUAUUUGAAUUUAUGUAAUGAUGGACUGUAUCCAAAUUUUUGUGUGUUGUACAUAGUCAAAUAUUUACACAUUCUUAAUUCUUCAGGCUAGCUCUGCCAAAGUUAUCACAUAUCCAUCAGAAAAUAAAGUCUUUAUUUUGAU